UCUGUUGUCAGAAACGAGUGUUAACGUGUUGCCAGAUACACGGUAUACACUCGCGUGAUUCUUAAGGUUGCUUCGCGUACUUAUUGCGUAUCAGUUCGCCUCGCGCUGUAUUCACGCAACGACGUUUCUCUGUAAACGGCGGACGUGUGUGCAUGCACGUACCCACUGUGUUGCCCGUUGUUGUUUCACGUAUGGGAACACGACACUCGUUACCGAUCGCAUAUAUACACGUAUUUUCACUCGGGUUUACGCGCGUGUGCAUAUAGGCGUGUUUGUGCGGUGGUAUAAUGUGCAUGUAUACUAAAAGUCGCUUGCAAUCCAGUCGGGAACAGAAUCAAGGGAGCGCCUUUCUGUGUGCUCAUCGUGAACGUGAAACACGCGAGUACCGAGCAUUACCGUGAUUGGCCACGUAUCAUGCGAAUUUCUACAAGAUUCACCGUGUACUUUAUACGUGACAACGUACAUUUUCUCUGACGAGUAAGUUGCGGUUUUAUUGGUACAUUGCUCUGCGUAUGUGUCCUUUCGUUGCCGCGAACUAAACGCAUACUGCGCGAGUUUUAUCGGAAUCGUUCACCUCGCGCGAAGCUGACCGAGUUACGCGUGUGUGCGUCAAGAAAAAUCGAUCGGUUCGAUUAAAAUAUCAAUUUCAGAAUCGCGCGUCGGGCCUUAUUGUAUUAUGUUCCGUUUUGGUGACUACGCAUUAGACGAUAAUUCGUAGACUGUACGGAUUAUUUAUCGCUGUAUAUAGAUUCGUUCCGUUGGCCGUUCGAUGCACGGUUCUUGGUGAGAUCUACGCGUUCAAGGACGCUGCACAAAACAAGUAGCCGGCACGUAAAGUGGUCGCAUGCACAUGCACGCUGUACACGAUCGCUCGGUGUCCCGACCAAAAAUAAUACAUAGUUCGUCAAGCAACUCGCGUAUCUGCGGGUAGAACCACCCGGCCGUGUGCGCUGAUCGAGGUCAGGCUCUUUCGCAUUCGUCCGCUCGCGUCCGCGAUAAAUUAUACUAGCGACACGCGUAAUCUCGACCCUUUCGACUCGCCUAGUGACUGUACUAUAGUGUACCUCUUUCCAAUUGCACUAUUCGCGCUCGUUCGUUUUCUCGCGCGUUCUCUUCCCGUCUCUGUUUUGUCGUCGUGCGUUAUAUCGUUCGCACGCUUUCGGUUCGCUCGCACGCGACUCCGUGUAAGGAAGUGUUGGAGCAGCGUGAAUGUUGUGAAACGAAGGUGAAGAAAGAAGAGAACCGACGAGAGGUCACUAAGUCAGAGAGAAAGAAAGAACGAGGGAAAAGGAGACGAGUAUAACGCCACGGAGAGGUGAAGUGAAACGCCGUCGAAGGGGAGAGAAAGACACGUAUAGAACAUAGGGGAAAGGUACGUGAACCAGCGUGCAAGAAGAAGGGCAAGAGGAACUUGGAGAGUAGGAUAGAGAGGAACUUGCGAGCGAGAUAGUCGUCUACGUUGAAAACAAGCUGCGAGGGAGUAAACCGAUACCGCGAAAACAGUCGACUCGAGGAGACCGUCGAGUAGAAGGAUAAAGUAAAAACGGAAUAAAGACGAUUCUUGAUGCGUAUCGCAGUUGAAGAGGCCUGGCCAUCGAUUUGCCGUCCGCGAAUCUAGUGCGCGUUUGAAAUCGGGCUAGUCUGGCGUGCGUGUGUGUUACGUGCACCUAAAGCAAACGCAGCCAGCGAGGCGCGCGGACGGACGAGAAAAAGGAGGAAGAGGUGGCGAGGUGGUGGAAGAGGGGGAGGAAAAAGGAGAGGCGGUUGAACAGGCGGCCGGAGAGAGAAAAGUUCGAGAAACGGCAACACCAGCGUUAGCCAACAUCAACAACAAUAACAACAACAACGGAUCGCCGCGGUGUAUACGGUACUAUCGCUGUUUCUCGUGGUGUGCGCCUCUGAACGUUUUAUCGUGUGCGUUUUGCAUCGUCCGCGCGCGGCUGUAAUCGUCGGUGUGUGUACCGGUAUUGCUGGGAAAGAGUAGUGAACCGAAGCCGCCAGAAUUACGCCAAACCGGGAAAAUAUGAGCAUUGCUGCCCUACUACAGGCCGCCGAGUAUAUUGAACGAAGGGAACGAGAAGCUGAACAUGGCUACGCUUCGACGAUGCCGAUGCCCGAUGAUAUGCGGACGAUCACAAAAAGGCCAAAGACGAAAAAAUCCCAGGGCAGCAGGACGACUCAUAACGAGCUGGAGAAAAAUAGGAGAGCGCACCUCAGAAAUUGCCUCGAAAAGCUGAAAGUGUUGGUUCCGUUGGGUCCUGAAACCUCAAGACACACCACACUCGGUCUCCUGACCAAGGCCAAGCGUUUUAUCAAGAAUCUGGAGGAGCGCGAACGGAAGCACGCGGUGCACAAGGAACAGCUGUCCCGCGAGCAGAGGUUCCUCAGGCGACGGCUGGAGCAGUUGACGAGCCAGACCGGGUUGCACGGUUUGCAUGGUUUACACGGGUUGCACGGGUUAAGCUCGAGCGCCCCGACCGGCCCCGGUGCCGCAGCCGCGGCCGCUGCUCUCCUCUCGAAACGGCGGAGCGUGUCCGAGUGCUCGCUCGGCACGGCCUCGUCCACCAGCUCCACGGCCAGCUCCAGGAACUCCGACAGGUCUGCGGGCAGUCCAUCCGUCUCGGAGUCCGAUGAAGUAGAUGUGAUCGGCUAUACGAGCAACCAGUCGGAUACCGAUGAUCACAGUAGCGUGCAAAGCAGCAGCGACAGUGGUGUCGCAAUGUCCACCUCCAGGCUGACCCUCUCCGAAAUGAUGGACAAUCUUUAGACAAAGAGGUGGCACGGUGGCGGCGGGAGAACGUGGAGGGAGAGCAUUUGAGGACGCGGAAGAAGAGAGAAAGCGGAGGACGGAGAGGGCGAGGAGACAUCGAGCGAGGGGGUUGGGCGAACGAGGGAAGAAAGAAACAUGGAAGAGGAGCGCGAAGAUUGACGGCGUGCGAGCUAUCGGUAAGCGUACACGCAGCCACGCAUCACCCCUUGGCGCACCCUUUCACCCGUGGGUCGCGGGACGCGCGCCGCGACGCCCGUUUCGAGGGGGUGCCAACGCGGUAUGUACGCGCGUGUACGAGCACCUUGUCUGACGUGGGUGGUCGCUCUAAGAUGAGAGAAGACGAAGAGGAGGCAAGAGAAACGACUUCGAAUAACCCGAAUCGCUGGAGAAUCGUUAACGACUGAUAAAUGUAUGUGAUGCUUCGGAGAUCGAUUAAAACUUGACCGCGAACCGAGAAUAAUGGAACCAUCCUUGUUCCUGGAAACACGUAAGAAGAGGAAACGCUACCCUGAUGAAUGACGCGAGAACGAGAAAGAAGCGCGAGAAACGAGCGAAGAGGAAUAACCGAGCGGAGUGUCGCGUGUAAAUUGUCGAUCAAGUAUUGUAAAUAACAUUUUUAAGUGAGACUAAAUUUAUCGAGUGAAAGCGGGAGAGAAAGAGAGGGAGAGAAAGGAAGAGAGUAAGAUGGAGAAACGAAAAGCGAAUUCCGAGCGUUUCUUUCUCGGCGCGAGACCAUCAUGGAGGGAAAACUGUCGACCAUCCAGCGUACGGUUUUUCUUGGGGAUCGAUCCUUACGAGAAGAUCGAAUCGAUCGGCGUGAUCACCGGGGAUCCCGAUAUGGAGAACGACGAUUGAUCAGACGUCGCGAGGUUGGAACGAAUCACCGUUUUCGUAGCCUUGAUCGAUCGGUGCUCAACGAAGUUCGUGGAAAAUCCUAGCAAUAAGCGCGUGCCGGCGCGCGAAACACCGAGCGGAGCAUAGCUUCCACCCACCAUCCCCGAGACCUUUGUCGACCUCUUCGAUCACGAUGAUCGCCCCCGAGAUCUUGAGAAUCGAACACGCGCUUCGUCGGUUGGAUGAAGAGGGAAUAAAAUACCAAGCGACGGGAGUACCGAGAAUAUUCGCCGCUCUAUCUUUUCAAAAGAACGGGACGAGUGGAAGAAAAAAAGAGUCAAAGCAUCGUUUCGUCGCCGCCGCUGUCCGCUUCACCGAACGCGCAGAGGAACAUCGUUCGGGACGGGCGAGAUUUAAUUUUUCAACUUUAUUUUCGCUUUCGACGAAAAGAGGUGCACGCUUCUUUGUUCACGCAUCGUGAAGGCCCGAAGGUGUCCUCGCCGAAUGGAAUUCAAUUUGCAUUUCCCUCGAAAACAAAGGGCGAAUGCGCCAUGUUCGCAUGAACGGAGAAGAAACAUGCAUAAAAGAAGGUACGAACGAGGAGUGACGUUUUCACGACUAUUCUCGAUCGCCGUACGACGAUCGAGAUGUCGUUCAUCCGCGGGACGCCUUCAGCGCAUACCUCGUGCCAGAGGAGCCUUCAUUUCCCACGUAACGUUGCGACCCACAUGAUCGCGGGAAAAUAAAAAUAGUUGAACGGGAAGAAUUGGCUGAACGUGAAGCAGCAAGUUGGGGAUGAAGAGAGAAGAGGACGAAGAAACAGCGAUCGCUCUGGUAGAAUGUAUAUCGAGUUAGCAAAAUCUAGGGUGAAAGAGUGCGGGCGAAAACUGGAAGUAUGGGAACAAUGGAAGUUAAUUGCGAACAAGCUCGACGUAGGCCUGUCGACAGAUUUCUGUGGGAACCGGGUAUGGUUAAUUAACGAAACCGUAAGAACUUUCAUCUUUCGACGCGUACACUCGUACUAGAGACCAGGGUGGGGGCGAGAGAAAAAACCGCACGGAAACGAAAGAGGAUGUGGGGGACGGGAGGGAAAAUCGAGGAACGAGAGCGUACACAUACUCUUCUGAAGUGAGAACAUGUGUAUUUCGUACACAUAUACAGACACACGGUCGAGCACAUAUACAUACACACACACAGACAAAGGAUCCUCACAAAAAAGCAUUAAAAUAAACCAAAAAAAGAAAAAAAAAACGAAAAAAUGAGUUUAAAAAAGCGCGUAACACGUCGUUACGUAAGAUCGUAUAAUUAAGGGAGGUGAGCCGCCUUUAACGGUGAGGGCGGCUCGUGUUAAUCUUUAGUACGUGAUAAGUGAACGUUUUAAGAGCAUCGUUUCGUUGUAACAACACACGCAUUCAAAGAGUACAAAUUCCUGUAAGUCCCUCGUUGCUUGUUCGAGGCUCGGACCGAGGAACACCUGUUGUUGUUGCGCGAUGAUCGCGCGUUGUUUCCUUCGAGAAAUCGGCGUUUCUUAGUGUCAGCGAAAACGAUACAAAUAGGCGGGGAGGGUAGGCGGGAGUGAGAACAAGACGAGAGGCGUGUAAACGUACGCGGAGUACGCGAGCACGAGACCGGGUAGCAGCAGUGCUUCUGGCGUGCGCGAAAGAGGAACGGCGCGCGGCGAGAAGGGUGAAGCUAAUUAGGGGUAAAUGUCGCGGCGGGGAACGUUUCGGAAGAAAAUAAGGUCGUACAAGGGUCCAAAGAGAUCCGGGAAGGGGGAUCGAUCGAUGGGAAGCCUGUUACACAACACGAUCGCUUCGGGGGACAGAGAUCGACUGCCUGGUUAGGAACUCGGAGUUUCCACUUUGCGGCUCGAGUAGAACUUCUCCGGGGAAAAGCUAACGGGUUACGGUCAAUGACUUCUAUUCCACCGUUUCGGAUUUCGGAUCUUGGAAACGAUCGUUCGAGCGGCCUUAAUUGGUGCAAUCGGGAAAUUAUACUAUGUUCGUUCGAAGGAACUGUUUUCUAAUGGUUGAACAAGGGGCGAGGAACGAUUCACGUUUCGGUUGAAAAAAUUGUCAAAGCGUCGUUCGUUCCCUUCGAGGUUUUUCAGUAACGGACUGACAGGAGAUCGAUCCCAUUUCCUGGGUCGAGGAAGCGAGGCGGCGGAGUUAUUCGAGUCGAGUUUUCUGGCUAGGUUUACGCAGACCAGAUAGACUGAUUACCAAAAGUAACGAGUGAUCUCUGAUUAAAAAGUAACAAAACAAAAUAAAAAACAAAACGGUUUUAAAACGGCGUUAGUUUGUAAGGAAAUAAAAACGGGGAAAAAAAAAUUAAUCUUUUUUACGGGUCUCAAGAUCUCGGGAUGGGAUGGUUAGGGGAACCGGGGUGUACGGAGAACGAGUGCGAAAUUUUCUCGCGGGUAAUACUCUCCAUUUUAAUUGCGACAUGAAAAAGAGGUCAUUACGGAUAUUCGGAUAGCAACAACAAAGAUCACAUCCGGAGCUGAGAAACGAAAGCAUAAAAUAAGAGAUCAGCGAAAAGGCAAACGACAGCCAAUACACGAGAAGGGGGAGACGUUUUCGAGUAUUGUACGUUGAAUAAACGGAAAUCGAAUGGAUAAACGCGAGGAAAGAAGGGGGCCGGGAGGGGGGGUUUCGAAAUCGAGUCUCGAAUCCCACCAGAAACUGCGACCAAGCCGAAUGAGAUAUUUUCAGCGAGGCGAGCCGCAAUUUUUUAAUAUUAAACGUAAACGAUACUCCCGUACAGUCGUUGUUGUAUCAACAAUCGACCAUAUUCUAUAGCUGAAACGCAAUCAUAUUGGUUGAUGCAGAAGAUUUACCACCGCGGCCGUGUACACACAUUAAAUAUAAACCGGGUGGGACUCGAGAUCAAUCGAGGAGGACGAAGUGGAAAAAGAAGAAGAAAUAGAAGUAGAAGGAGAAACGAUCGCGCGUUGAAAAGGCCCUCGUCUGUCCUUUCAAAAAGUUCAGGCGAUCGAGCGGAGUCUCGAUGCUGAUCGUUUUCCGUCGGGGGAAAGCUCUCAAGAACGCCUCCUUCGCGGCGGACCCUGCCCUUCUUUUCGUUUUCCGCUUGUGCACGCGCCACCCCAGAUCGAUUGGCGGCGAAAAACGGGCAAACCAUCGCCGAUACGUGAUCUUUUAACGUAAUUUAUUCUAUUUAUUCGAUCUCUCUAUCUCUCCAUCUCUCUCUCUUUCUCUCUGGAAACGUACACUGUCCGUUAUGCUAAACACUUUUCACGAACAUCUAUCGCGGUCUCUAUUGGCUAAUUUCUUUUUUUUUUCUUUACUUUUCUUCAAAGCGUGUAUUCAUCUGAUCGAACACUGCUUCGCCGAUGCCCGUGCUAUCACGGAUCGCGACAUCGCUUUAGCGGCAAUGGAGAAACGUAACCGAUUGAUUUAUCGUCCAGCAUCCGUUCGCAAUUAUUCGAGCUUCUUUAUUCUAUUUUUAACCGGGAAUUGCAAUUUCGUGUUGACUGUCGUUUGCCAAAGUCGAUAGGCGAAGAAGAUAAAGGAUAAGGAGAGAGACGACUACACGCCGUUGAUUUUCGACAGAGAUAGAGAACGAUAAUUCACGAGCGACGAGUUACGGAUGUUUCUUUUUUUCUGGCGGACGAUAUGAAAACGAAUAUUCAGCGAAAGAAAUGAAAAGGGAGGAGAAGGUGACACGGGGCUUGGGCGGGAGUAGAACGAGGGAACCACCAAGAACCACCACGGAGCAAAAAGAUAAUGCAAAAAGUCAACCAAAAAAAAAAACUACACGCAAAGAAAGGAGAAAAAAAGCAUAAAGAAAAUUACACAAACGUCUGCAAAGCAACAAAAGGGAGACCUAUUUGAGGGAGGUCGGCGGGAGGGAUAACAAACAAAAACGAAAAAAAACAAAUAAUUAACAUUUUACAAGUAAGAAGUUUCAUUAAGUGAUUAUUAACGAUGAAUGUGUGUGUCUCUUGAACGUGUAGAUCGUUGAUGAACGCACCUUCGCGAAAGUCAUAAUUCCUAUUUUAUGUUUUAUUUUCUCUUUUUCUGUUCUUUCUUUAUUAUUUCCUUAUUUCUAUAUAUGUAUAUUCGUUUUUUCUCUUUAACGGUCUUUUCACGCGUUCGCGAACUUUUGCUUUCGUUUCGUCGUUGCCAUCCAGUCGUUGUACGUGCCGUAAAAACAUCUCUUUAAAAAAAACACACACACACAAAAAGAAAUAAAUAAUAAUAAUAAAAGAAAAACGAUGGAUCUUAUCGUUUUUUAAUCUGGGUUCGUAGUACCUUGUAGCAAGAUAAAGAUGUAUGUAUUCUAUAUAUUAAACAGGGACACACUCGCCCGAUGUAUUGCAAUUUGUUUUCGUCCAUCAAGGAUCGAUGAAACAUCGAGGAAAAA